AAUUGAAAAAUUCCAAAAAUCGAGAAAGAGAGAAGACCAUCCUCGCCGCACCGCUUGAGAGUCACUCCCCUCCCCGGAGGAGAACCAAAUUCACCAUUAGCUUCUUCUUCUCCUUCUUCUGUUCUCUCACUCCAAAUUUUGAAACCCUAAAAUCCUAUUCUCCUUUGAUUACUUCACGUCUCUAUCGGAAUUUUUAACGGCGAGGAUUUUGACGUAUUCAGGUGUUUCCGACGUCUUAUUUUGUUUAACAAUAUGACGUCGUUGGCUCUGACUUCUCCUCCCGCCGUUAAGAUUCCUUCGUCUUCUUCGUCUCUCUUCUCUCGUUCCUCGAUUUUAUUCAGGAACACUGAGUCUCGCUCCCGCAUCUGCGUUUCUGGUUACACGAAAUGCAAUUUGCCCAAGGCGCUGAAUGUUGGAAACGGGAACGCUCGUGCUCCCAUCAUCAAUGAGACGACAAUUCCAAAGUUCUUUGAUUCUUCUCGGUUGGAGAAAUCAGUCAGUAGAAACAAUACCAAGCUCAAGUUGUUCUCUGGUACUGCUAAUCCAGCUCUUUCUCAGGAAAUUGCUUGGUAUAUGGGUCUGGAACUUGGGAAGGUUAGCAUAAAGAGAUUUGCUGAUGGAGAGAUCUACGUUCAGCUGAAAGAGAGUGUUAGAGGUUGUGACGUGUUUUUGGUGCAGCCUACUUGUACUCCGACUAAUGAGAAUCUCAUGGAGCUAUUGAUCAUGGUUGAUGCUUGCCGAAGAGCAUCAGCUAAGAAAGUAACUGCUGUGAUUCCGUAUUUUGGAUACGCAAGAGCUGAUAGAAAGAAACACAAGUGGCAUUCAGAGACGUAUGAGAUUCUAUAG